GUUUCCUUUCUCAAACGUUUAUCAUUUCCAUGACGUAAGUUCGUAUUUAAACGUCCGUUAUUUUUCUCACAUGGAACCAACAGAAAUUACAGAGAUACAGAGUUACCCUAACAUGAGAGCAAAGCAGUAGAAAACAAGUAUCAGAAUUUGUUUAUCAAGAUUCAAUAAAUCGUUCAAUAGACUACAGGGACUACAGGCAAUGAUUUCGUUGGAAAGGUUAUUGCAGGAUCGAGUUACAAGAAUAGAAGAGCUUAAUACGGCAACUGUAUUUUUGAGACAUAGAAAUGCUCUCAAGGAACAGUUGCUCGAGGCGAAAUUGGAAAUGGAUACAAUAACGAAGGGUGUUGAUCUGAUGAAAACCGAUCUCGAAAAAAUGAAAGCACAAAAUGUUUACUGUCGCGAUUUAUUAGAGAAAUUGGAAUGGCUCAACACAAAAAUUGUUCAUUUGACAGAAAAUUUACCGGCUCAAUUCCUUCAAGAGUUCAUUAGUCUGAAUGAAGAACCAUCUCCGAUAGUAGAACAUUCUAAUGUUGCACAUCAAACACCCAAAACCCUCUCCACAGAAGAAGAGGUUGGAACUGUUGCUUCUCAAGUGGGCAACAUAAAACUAAUUGGUUCUGAACCUCGUAUUCAGGAUUGCAAGAAAACGUUAUUUGGAAAUGCAAAAGAUGAUCGCACUAUGGAUUUCAUCACGAAAGAAGAGUUUUCUAAAGUACCUAAAUAUAUGAUAGGACGACAAACUCUCGCGAUGCUCAAUGAACUUGUUACUGCAAUUAAUGCAACUGUUGAAGAAAAAUAUUCUAUAUUAGCUCUCGGACGAGCUGGAGCUCGAAAAAAAGGAAAAUUGGAUUUGUAUAUGAGUUUGGAAAGAGAAAAAAUGUCCGGCCUAUCCGGGGGAGAUCCGUUAUAUUCCUUCACUGCAGAAGAUUACGAAAGGCAAACAAACACGAAGUUGGAUAAGAAAAAAUUGAAUUUAUUGACGGUUUUACGUCACUGUAAGAGACUGAAGGAAUUAAGAAGUGGCAAGAGUGUACAAUAUGUUCUAAUUCCUAGUUGGGAACGCGGCGAAUCCGGAAAUAACGAAUAGUUUAUAGAAUAUAAGGCUGUAAAUCAAUUUUGUAUAAAUUCCGAUAUUUUUAUUGUGUUGUGGAUCAAUUUUGCGAUAGCUUCUAAUUCGGGAAGUAAAAUUUUCAAAGGCCAUUGUCCGAGUGGAAAUAAAAAAAGCAUCAGCCCAUGGAGAAAAAUGUGCUGAUCGCCUUUGAUAUUUCGAUAGGACAAACCGUGAAAAAAAUUUUAUUCCGAAAUUUGCAGUUGUCUACCUCUUGCACUCAUGAUAGCUCCGUCGGUAUGACUGCUAGUGUGUUAAAAAUUUAAUACAUUUUUACAACAGAACUUCUAAACCAGUGUUGGUUAUUCAAUUUGGCGAGAAAAAAAAAACAAAUUAAAAUCGGAGGCUCUACAGCAAUUGUUUUGAGGUUGCCUGGGUGGCGUGUGUUUAGAGACGAACUCGAGAGAGAUCCAAGAAGCCGAGCCUUUGAAUCAGCAGAGUUUAAACCUUCGUAUUCAUGAGUUUGCCAUGAUAUUUGGAAAUUUUGAAAGCCCGCGUCAGUCAUUCUUUACUACCAGGUAAAAAUGGGAACUUGUCGAGUUUUCUCUUAUGUAAAUAAUCAUAUAAUAAAAUGUGUUGAAGAAGA